AUGUCAUGUCUUCAAAAACGCCGGAAAAUUCCCAAAAGCUGCCUCACCGGCACAGACUUGGCUAACGCCAAAACCCUUUUUCUCUAUCUAUUCCUAGGCAACUAUGAGCGAACCAUCCAAAACGCCCUGCUCGCUUCCGGCCUACAAUUCGACGAUAGAAGGAGGGUUCUAUUCCAAUGCUUGGACCACGGCGCAAUUGAGCUCUACGUUAGAUGCCCACAUGCCUGCCAGCGUCUGCCUGAGGAUACCCCCGGCUACGACUGGGGUGAUGAUUACUGCUAGGCACUGUCAUUCACUUUAAGGUAAGAUUUGUCCUAUCAAAUCACGCCGGCAAUUCUUUCACAGGAAUGGGGGCUUAAUGGACUAACUUUCCCUGGAUCAGCGGUAAGACUGGCGAGGACAGC